AUGGCCCAAGUGACACCGUCCGCAGUCCAGGACAUGGCCUUUGGUCGAUCCGGCUUGCCGACCAAUAAGACCUUUAUCACGCUCAAGUAUGUGGAUCCGAAGCAGUAUACCAUCACCGACUAUAAUGUGACAUCGAAUACCUGGUCGCUUCCCAAGCCGGUGACGACGGUUACAGAUAUCUUGACGUAUGGACUGAGACCGGUCGUGGACCCGACUUCGGGGUUGGUGUAUAUUGCAGGGAUAGCGGGGAUGAAUGUCUACAAUCCGACGACGCAGCUGUGGACUGCGCCGACUCCUAUAUCUGGGCUGACGGCGAGGUACUUUGGGUCGGCGAUGUACAACACUGCUAGAAAAACGAUUAUGUAUGUGGGCGGGUACAACUAUGGAGUUGCCCCAUCCCAUUUCGAUCCGGUAGUGGCUGUGACAGAGUUCUCCCCUUCGACGAGCACGUGGACUGUUUUGACUACCUCUGGAACGCCUCCCAGUCCAAGAGCAGACCAUUGCUCCGCUAUUAGCGAUGAUGGUAAAACACUAAUUGUCUUUGGCGGACGAACCUCAGUCGUCACGCCAACCUUCACAGGAUCAAUUUACCUCCUGGAUAUCACCACAGGCGUCUGGUCUACAGGACUUGCCCAAUCCACUCCUCGAAUCUACAUGGCCUGCACACUCGUUGGUGACCAAUUCGUGGCCUGGGGCGGAAGUGCCGACGCCAACAACACCCUGCCCUCGAUUCAACCCAUCGUCUUUGAUACCACCUUGAAGAAAUGGGUUGACGCUUAUAAACCUCCGCAGUACUACAUUGACAACCCACCAAAAAAGCCAACUCCAAGCUCAGGUGCAGGAAGUAACGGCGGUUCAGGAUCUGGAGGAGGAGGAACUGGUGGUGGCAGUGGUGGCGGCAGUAACAACAAUGGAGACGGACCAGGACCAGGAUCCGACUCAACACACAGUGGACUUGCGCCGAUCAUCGGUGGCGUUGUCGGCGGAUUGGUCGUGAUUGGAGCCAUUGUUGGGUUCUUGGUGUACCGACGCCGGCAAAACAGGAGAUUCGAUGAGGUCAAGGAACAGGUCUCGCUGCAGAGGAUGGUCAUCGAGGCCGAGCGAUCCAAUAAGGGUGUUGCUCAAAACAGCUCUAAUCAUCACAACGAUGGCGGUGACGGCAGCGCUGGCGCUUACACCACCGCAGUUGCUGGUGUCGGUAGCGGUUAUACCAGCAGCAACAACGGCCGCAAAGAUAACAUCAGCACGACCAUCACUUAUCCUACACCACCAGCCUACUCGCCCAAUAGCAACAACAAAACUACCUCCCACCACCAGCAGGACAAUAAGUCGGCGUUUUCUCCACAUCUGCCUCACAAACAAGGGAUUGCACAUGCACCCAACAAUCCAAUGGUGUACACGGCAGCGAUCGGUAGCCCAAGCAUGUCCUCCUCCUCAGCUGCCGGAUUAUCCCCCACCAACAGCAACAACUAUUACAACAACUACAACAUCAACCACAACAGCAGCACCAGCAACCUCCUCAACAACAACAACAACAACAACAGCCCUCGUGACCCCCAACUAACGAAAAAGUCUGGCGGUCCUCAAGCUGUACAAACCCUCAGCGGACCCCAAGAGUAUUACUCACCGACUGGUCGCGCACCACAAACGAUCACCGACGGAGUAACUGAUGCGAAUUUUUAUUAUCAUGAACAGGAGUCUGGUAGGAGACGACAGAAUCAUCCCCAGGAAGGAGGCGCUCAGUACUAG